GCCCGAAUGAGUGUGGUAGAGUGAAGAGAGGGAGUGGUGCGGUGUAAGCACGACAGGCUCCACCUUUGCUUCGACGGGGCUGGGAGAUGGAAUCAUUAGAGUUGAAUAAUUAGGUAGGGUCAGACUACGCAGGUCCCGAAAUGGAUGUCAGAUGGAAGAAUUUAGACUCCACAGGCCGGCCACCUUGAGAAGAGCUGGGUUCUGAAGUAGGGCGUGAGAACAUGAGAUUUGCUUUUAGGAAGUGACUCUGGCGGCGACGGAGGUACGGUUGCUACUGCUGGUGACAGGGCUGAGUGAGUGGUUAUCAGUAGGGCUUUCCACUAGUCUUUGGCUUUGUAGCUGAGGCUGAUUCCCUGGCCAAGCGCUGUAACUGUGCGUCUGAGCCUUGGUAGCAGGAGACAGAGGUCGUGGCAUCUGGCGGCAGCUGGGAGGCAGUGCGUGCGCGCCGGGCCGAGGUGUCCGGUUGGGAACCCUCGCGCUGAAUUGCAGCCAGGCGGGGCGCGGAUGGGGCGGCCGAGGAACCAGGCCACGCCCCUCCCGCCCGCGCAGGCGCGCUGCGAGCCGUUAGCUGUCAGGAGCCGAGCGGCUGGCUGGCGGCGGGAUCCGACGUCUGCGCUGGAACCGGCUGACAGCACCCAGCGCGGCAGGGGCGGCAAAGGCGGCGCGGCCCCGGCUCGCCAGCCGGGUCACAGAGGAGAGCAGGGACCAGCGGGCGGCUGGCGACGCUGGCAGGAUGGGGAACCGGGAGAUGGAGGAGCUGAUCCCGCUGGUGAACCGUCUGCAGGACGCCUUCUCGGCGCUGGGACAGAGCUGCCUGCUGGAGCUGCCGCAGAUCGCCGUGGUGGGCGGCCAGAGCGCGGGCAAGAGCUCGGUGCUCGAGAACUUCGUGGGCAGGGACUUUCUCCCUCGAGGGUCGGGCAUCGUAACCAGACGGCCUCUUGUGCUGCAGCUUGUUACUUCCAAAGCAGAAUAUGCUGAAUUUCUACAUUGCAAAGGAAAAAAAUUUACAGACUUUGAUGAAGUUCGCCAUGAGAUUGAAGCAGAAACAGAUCGAGUGACUGGAAUGAAUAAAGGCAUUUCCUCCAUACCCAUAAAUUUACGAGUCUAUUCUCCACAUGUGUUAAAUCUCACACUUAUCGACCUACCUGGAAUUACUAAAGUGCCCGUGGGAGAUCAGCCACCAGAUAUUGAGUAUCAGAUCAGAGAAAUGAUUAUGCAGUUCAUCACACGGGAGAACUGUCUGAUUUUGGCUGUUACCCCAGCCAACACCGAUCUUGCAAACUCAGAUGCGUUGAAGCUAGCUAAAGAAGUUGAUCCUCAAGGUUUAAGAACCAUUGGAGUCAUCACCAAAUUGGAUCUUAUGGAUGAAGGAACAGAUGCCAGGGAGGUUCUAGAGAAUAAGCUGCUGCCUCUUCGCAGGGGUUAUGUGGGGGUGGUAAACAGAAGCCAGAAGGAUAUAGACGGGAAGAAGGACAUUAAGGCUGCCAUGUUGGCUGAAAGGAAAUUUUUUCUCUCACACCCGGCUUAUAGACAUAUUGCUGACCGGAUGGGGACCCCACACCUGCAGAAGGUCCUUAAUCAGCAACUUACCAACCACAUUCGAGAUACCCUGCCAAACUUCAGGAACAAGCUACAGGGACAGUUGCUCUCCAUAGAACAUGAAGUGGAAGCCUACAAAAACUUCAAGCCAGAGGACCCCACCAGGAAGACCAAGGCAUUGCUGCAGAUGGUUCAGCAGUUUGCUGUGGACUUCGAGAAGAGAAUUGAAGGGUCAGGGGAUCAAGUAGAUACCCUGGAGCUCUCAGGAGGGGCUAAAAUCAAUCGUAUAUUCCACGAACGCUUUCCUUUUGAGAUAGUAAAGAUGGAGUUCAAUGAAAAGGAAUUGCGAAGAGAAAUAAGCUAUGCAAUCAAAAACAUACAUGGUAUCAGGACAGGGUUGUUUACUCCAGACAUGGCAUUUGAAGCGAUAGUCAAAAAGCAAAUAGUAAAGCUGAAAGGACCUUCCUUGAAGAGUGUAGAUCUGGUCAUACAAGAAUUAAUCAACACUGUCAAGAAGUGUACCAAAAAACUGGCAAACUUCCCCAGACUCUGUGAGGAAACAGAAAGGAUUGUUGCCAACCACAUUCGCGAACGAGAAGGGAAGACAAAGGACCAGGUACUGCUCUUGAUUGAUAUCCAAGUCUCCUACAUCAACACCAACCACGAAGAUUUCAUUGGGUUUGCAAAUGCUCAGCAGAGGAGCAGUCAGGUUCACAAGAAAAACACAGUUGGAAAUCAGGGAACCAAUCUUCCGCCUUCAAGGCAAAUUGUGAUUCGCAAGGGGUGGCUAACCAUCAGCAACAUCGGCAUCAUGAAAGGAGGCUCGAAGGGAUACUGGUUUGUCCUUACUGCUGAAAGCUUGUCCUGGUACAAAGAUGAUGAGGAAAAAGAAAAGAAGUAUAUGCUCCCUCUGGACAACCUGAAAGUUCGAGAUGUGGAAAAGAGCUUUAUGUCUAGCAAGCACAUCUUUGCACUUUUUAAUACAGAACAAAGGAAUGUGUACAAAGACUAUCGCUUCCUUGAGCUGGCAUGUGACUCGCAGGAGGAUGUAGACAGCUGGAAGGCAUCUCUGCUAAGAGCUGGGGUUUAUCCUGAUAAGUCUUUAACUGAAAAUGAUGAGAAUGGCCAAGCAGAAAACUUUUCCAUGGACCCACAAUUGGAGAGGCAAGUGGAGACCAUCCGCAACCUCGUAGACUCCUACAUGUCUAUCAUCAACAAAUGUAUCCGAGAUCUAAUUCCAAAAACAAUAAUGCACCUUAUGAUCAAUAAUGUUAAAGAUUUCAUAAACUCAGAGCUCCUAGCACAGUUAUAUUCCUCAGAGGACCAAAAUACCCUGAUGGAGGAAUCUGCUGAGCAGGCUCAGCGCCGGGAUGAGAUGCUUCGAAUGUACCAAGCCCUUAAAGAAGCCCUGGUGAUCAUUGGCGACAUCAACACUGCCACCACGUUCACCCCGGCACCACCUCCUGUGGAUGACUCCUGGAUACAGCAUUCCCGCAGGUCCCCCCCGCCAAGCCCCACCACCCAGAGGCGGCCGACGCUGAGCGCUCCCCUCACGCGGCCCGCGUCCGGCCGAGGCCCCGCGCCCGCCAUCCCCUCCCCCGGCCCGCACUCGGGGGCGCCCCCGGUGCCCUUCAGGCCCGGCCCGCUCCCCCCUUUCCCAAGCAGCAGCAGCAGCGAGUGGUUCGGGGCGCCCCCGCAAGUCCCCUCCCGGCCCACGAGGGCCCCGCCCAGCGUCCCCAGCCGGAGACCACCCCCAUCACCAACUCGUCCCACUAUAAUCCGUCCACUAGAAUCCUCCCUGUUAGACUAAAUGAAGUGUCUGGCAUGGCAAUUAAUUACUAAUGAAUUAUGCGAAAGCAACAUAUUUGAUCAGUAAAUCAUGAGUAGUCGCAUGUGUGGACAUCAGUAGGCAAGUAACCAGUUUUACUAAUGCAUUCAUCACUCAUCUUCGUCGCUCAUGGUGUAUCAAACCUUUGGAGUUUGACUCUUGAAAACUGCUGACCCUUCGAGGCUUUCUUAUAUGUUGUACUGACCAAGGGUAGGUUUGUAUAGCAGCCCUAUAUUUUGGAGACCGUUUGCCUACCCUGGCAUAUGUUUGAAAUUGCUUUGGACAAGUUCCCAGGUUACCCACCAGGUAGCCCAUUAAGUAUAAUUCUUAAGAGCUGUGAGAUGGUGGGCUUAGACCUAAGCCAAGCCAUACGUGUAUUUAUUUUCCCACAUUCUGUUUUGGCUGACAAAAAUUAUGUUGUCUAUUAUUACCGUUUCCUCCUACUCUAGAAUUACCUAUUUAGGUCCUCUAUCCUUCCUCUUUAUUUCAUAGGACUGCUAGGAAGUGAUUUUUUUUUAAAUUAGGAUUCCUUAAGAAUAAAACUUU